AUGCUGAAUCGUUCAAGGUUCCUGGAUCGCGCUCCAAAAAUCAAACAGUACAUCCACACGUGCACAAAUAGACAGAGAGGCAAUUACUUGCAGAGAGUUGAACAUUGGGUUUGCCUUUGCAAGGAGGUUCAGCGUGUGAUUCUUGGGCUGGCAAGGGGACUGAGCAGCUGUGAUGGGAGAUACCUGGGGUCCGCAUCGCAGCCCCUGUGGCCCAGCUUCCCCCGGGUGGGCCCCUACGGCGACCAGGUAAAGGAGGGCCGUUCGCACGCCGGCCCGACGAGUCCGGACCCGGACCCGGGGGGCACCGCCCUUGGGCCCGCCCCUAAGCUCGCUGCCGCCCACUCGUCACCUCGUCCCCGACCAACCGACGGGGGCGGCGAUGGUGACGAUGACGAUGACGAUGAUGCUCGAGGCGUGAGCCCGGCCCGCCCCCACCCGUUCCGAUCCAGUCCGCCCACCAGCGGCCGGCCCAGCCCCGACGGCCCGGGCGGCGGCAAGGGGGGGGAGCCUGAGCCCCCCAAGCCGGGGGGGCCGCGCGCCCUGCCCCGCCGCGGACUCAAGUCUCGCCUCCUGAGGAUCAAAACCAACGCCGGAUAUAUUUUUACCAUAGUUAGCUACCUGAUAGGAGUCUUCAUCUUCGCUACUAUAGUCGGUCAAGUAGGCAACGUUAUAACGAAUCGCAAUGCAAACAGAUUGGAGUUCGAGAGAUUAUUGGACGGAGCCAAGCUGUACAUGCGCCACCACAAAGUCCCGAGGGCGAUGCAGAGACGAGUGCAGCGCUGGUACGACUACUCGUGGUCUCGGGGAAGGAUACAAGGCGGCGGGGACAUCAACACCGCCCUGGGCCUCCUGCCGGACAAACUCAAGACGGAGCUGGCCCUUCACGUCAACCUCCUCACACUCAAGAAGGUGAGCAUCUUCAAGGAGUGUCAGCCCGAGUUCCUCCACGACCUGGUGCUCAAAAUGAAAGCCUACAUCUUCACUCCGGGCGAUCUCAUCUGCCGAAAGGGGGAGGUCGCCAGGGAAAUGUUCAUCAUCGCCGACGGCAUCUUAGAAGUGAUAAGUGAAACGGGGAAAGUCCUCACCACAAUGAAAGCAGGCGAUUUCUUCGGAGAAAUUGGAAUCCUUAACUUAGACGGCCUGAACAAGCGAACAGCUGACGUCAGAUCGGUGGGAUACUCUGAACUCUUCAGUCUCUCGCGCGAGGACGUCCUUAUGGCCAUGAAGGACUACCCAGAGGCCCAGGAGAUCCUCCAAAGCCUGGGGCGCAAGCGGCUGAUGGAGGCGCGCCACCAAGCCUCCAAGUCGGGCUCCUCGGGCUCCAGCAAACGAGGGACGCCGUCGCCCAACAAGGAGAGCGGCCUCGAGGACAAGAACGCCAAGAAAAUCGUGAGCCGGCUGCGUUCCGACGUGACCGCCAUCAGGAACGCCUUCAGGAGGAGUAAAGGGACCACCAGGUACACGGAGACAUUGGAACAAGACCAUAUUACAGAGCGCUCAACGGACAAUGAGACCCUCGAACUGGAGCCGCUAACGGCAGAACACCGUGCAAGCCUGGAGGACGAAGCGCCCGUCAAGCGUAUACUGAAACUGACAACAGAACAACACGCUCCUUGCAGUUCUUUUAUAACACCCACAGUGCUCUUACUUGUGGCGGCUUCUAGGACACCCAAGCCAAAAACGACACUCUACUCGACUCGACAAGCGUGUGUCCUUCAGACACCCAAGUCAAAAGAGACAGUCAACUCGAGCCAGCAAGAAGGUGUCAUUCAGGUACAGAAGUCUUGCUUAGAGCUUUUAGAAGAAGCUUUAGUCUUCCUACAAAUGGACCUGUUGAGGAUCAGCGGCCGCAGCGGCAGCGACUCCUCGACGGGGACGCGGGGCGUGCUCAAGCGGAUGGCCAGGGUCACCAGCGACGAGGUCACGCAGGCCCAGAAGGCGAAGGAAGAGGAGGAGAGCAAGAAGGAGGAGAAGCCUCCGGAAAAGGAGCCAGAAAAGGAGCCGCAGGUCAUUGGGGCGGGGCUUCCGCUCUUCGCCCGCCUUAGGCUCUUGGCAGCUAAGGAAGAAAAGGAGCGGUUAGAGAAGGAGGAGCAGGAAAAGGCCGAGAAGGAGAAGGAGGAGGGCGGCCAGCCGCCCCAGGAAGGCGCCAAGGAAACCCCGAAGCCGGAGCGACAGGCCAGCGUCGACAAGGAGAGCGCCAAACCGAGCGAGGCCAAGGCCGAGGUCGUGGAGGCCAAGCCGCGGCCGGGCGGCCUCCUGAAGGGAAGACUCAGGGCGGCGGUGCUCACCAAGGCGCCGCCACCGACGCUCCCGAUCAUGGAGGUGACGCCGUCGGGAGAGGCCGCCCCGCCGCCGACGUCGACCGACAAGGACAAGGCCCCGCCGCCGACCGCAGAGGAGAAGGCCGACUUGGCGCCCAAGCCUACGGCCAUCAACGACCUGAACAAAGGCGUCGAGAAAAAGUCUCCCGAAGGUGAAAACGGAGAUCGGUUAGGUAGUGAGAAACCCCUGGAAUCCAAAGACAUUCACGCGAACAGUAACAGUGUGCAGGGCGGCCAGGCUUUAGAAAGAGCCUUCGGAAAACUUUUAUCGAAAAAGCUAAACACUGCCCCCAAGGAACGGACCAGUCCGACUGUGAUAGAGAACCCGGUAGACGAUGGACUAAAGGUGCAAAAUACAACGAGCAAAGAAAAGAUAAGUCGAAGUGAUAGUUUUAAGCGCGCUAUGGACGAGGGCCUCAUCCGGAGCACGGAGGAGCCGGACCUGAACAUCAAGCCGUGCGAGGAGCCGCGAGAAGCCGAGGCGGCGCCCGCGGAGAGCGAGGCCGACGCCCCGACGCCGGAGGCCGCCGACAAGAAGGCCGGGGAGAGCCAGAGCGAGAACGAGGCGUCGCCGCAGAGCGAGACCAAGGAGAUCGCGGAGGAGCAGGCGCUCGAGGCCGAGAAGAAGCUGGAGGCGGAGGCAAGGGCGGCUGAGCGGCUCAUCCGGCGCUGCGGCAGCGAGCGGAGGAGGAGCAGCUCGCCCAAGCUCGCCCGGACCCUGACGUCGCGCCAGCACCACAGAGUCGACUCCCUCAAGAAUUUAGAAUAUAAUAUAGAGAAUGCAUGUGCUAAUACCGACAACAUAGCAAUUUGUAGAGUUAACCUGCGUGCUUUAAACCCUUAG